UCCGGCUUGUUUCUUCGCCUCUCCUCCUCUCUUCCCCGGGGCGAUGCAGGGCGGCCAUGGAGGCCCUUAGCGUCAAACCUUUCUUUAGGGUUUCCGCCGUCCACCUCCCCAGAAAACCUAAGGCCACUCCCUCCCACUUUAAAAUCUCAUCGACCCCCCAUUCCAAAUCCUCGCCGCCCUCAAGCUCCUUCGUUGCCCCUCCAAGAAAACCCCCGCCCCUCAAAACCCUAGAAACCCCACACAAUGCCCAUCCCAUCGCUCCUUUCUGCCUCCUCCUCCCAAUCUUCCACUCCGUCGGGGAUUUCGUCCUCUCUUGGGUGCCAACUCGUUUCGAUCUUGGCUCGAAGGCGGCCGUCUCGGGGAUGAAGGGAUGUGUGGGAAUGAUUUGCUGUGCUGCGGUGGGAGUGGGAUGAUGCUGAUGAGCACCACGGCGGUGUUGUCGAAGGCCCUGGUCAGCCCCUUUUUUGUCGACGCUGGCCGGGAACCCGACGUUCGUGUGGGGGGCCUGUGGCGUGGGACUAUAAAGAUGUUUUUGAACUUUUCUGUGGAGCGGAGGUGGGACUACGGGAUGCUGUUUAGUUCCGGGGGGAUGCCAUCAUCGCACUCGGCGCUGUGCAUGGCACUGACGGCGUCAGUGGGCCUGUGCCAUGGGGCGGCGGACUCGUUGUUUCCUGUGUGCCUUGGUUUCAGCCUCAUUGUAAUGUAUGAUGCCAUUGGGGUACGGCGGCAUGCUGGGAUGCAGGUGGAGGUGCUUAAUAAGAUCAUUGAGGACUUGUUUCAAGGGCAUCCUAUCAGUGAAAGAAAGCUUAAGGAGCUUCUAGCUUGUGUUUGCUGUCAAGAAUAUGCUAUUGCUGUUUAAGUUGCUUUGUCAAGUACUCGAGAAAGCAUAUUGGUCACCAACAAAAUUUUGUAUCGAAAAGUCUUUAAUUGGUCUAUUCUUUUCCAAGACAAAGUAUUUGGUUACAUUCUAAUUUAUUGAGUUCCUUGAUUUUUAUGUGGUUUGAUGGGUGUGAGUUGGGAAAAUUUGUAGUUGAGUAGGCUGAAUAUAUACGGUGAAAUAGCACAAUUGUCUUUACCAGGCUAUUAAUUCCACUAUGAUAUAAUGACAUUGACAUGUAAUCCUCACUUUUCUUUGCAAUCAAUGAUCUUAUUGAUUGAUGAAUCUUAUUAUUUGCAUGGUGUAAGAAAAUUGUGUUUGUGUUAUAUUGUAUAUUGUGUAUAAUGCUGUCAAGAAAUCUACACAUGGGGUGCAAAUCAUAAUUCAUGGCACUGACCAACAUUGCAUUGCAUGGGUGUAUGUGUUUCUGCAUGCUCCGUUUCUGAUGGCAAAUGUGUAUUUGUGCACAACUUGGUUUCCAAUGUUUUUCAUUGACAUACAUCUGCACAUGUAGAUUACUCUAUUUGUAGGCAAAUAUCUUAAAUUAGAUACAAGAUUUCUUAUACAUUUUGCCUUGAACUUCUUAUUAUUUGCUUGAUUUAAUAUAGUUUUCCUGGAUGUUGUAUUAUGUGUUUGACUUGUAUACAUACUUAACAUGUUUAAGGGUUGCUUUAUCAGAAAGCAUUAUGAGUCUUUAUUAUCGCUUGGGAGGUAAGAUUGGGUAGAUGGAUCAUAAGUCAUGCUUGAGUGUUCUAGACAUGUCUGCUCUCCACCAAAUCACUUAAAUGACAUAUCUACCCCCCAUUAGAAACAAAGUAGUCAGAUACAAGAACUAGAAUGUCUUGACAUUCCAACUUUAUAUCUUUUCUUAGUGUGUAAGUGAAGUAUUAGCAAUUUAGCACAGUGUACCAUGAUAGAUUUAGCAGAUUGAUCCCCAACCUCCAAGGGCACAAUGAAACAUGCUGUAGUCGUAAAACUAUGCAUGGGGGAUAUAGUUAUCCUUAGUGCCGGUGCAUUGUAGAGAAAGAGCGUUGGACUACAUAGCAUAGUCAGGUGAAUAAUCUGAGAAAUAUGAGGCAAAAAUAAUGUGGCAGCUUAUCUGUGAUGGUGAAUGGAGGGCUAUCAAUCUUAGUAUGUCUACAAGCUCAUUGAACUAAGGUUGGCACUAGCUGCUUUAUCACAAAAUUGACUAAUAAUAAUCAGACAUCAAGAGAUACAAAAUAAAAAAUAGGCAGCUUCUAAAAGCUGAAGGACGUAGUAGAUGCUUUGCCUUCAUAGUUUAAAAGAGUGGUACAUUUUCCCUUUCUACUCCUGACACUAGGGUUAAGCUUAACAGGGGUACAACAUGCCAGCUGCUGAUAUUUAGUUGAUUGCAAGAAAAGUAAGCAAACUCAAAGCUUAUACUCUGCCUACUGACAAAGAUAUGAGAAGUUCUGUGCCAUGCUAGUCAAUGUUGUGUUGUACACCACACUAGCUAGGUAUGGGCAUGUUACAAGAAUGCACACCCCUAAGUUGUGCAUGCUGGUCCAUGCAGUUCGUGCUGAUUAACACGGUGUUUCUCUGGGGAAACACUGACUGUCCAUAUGUAUGCAGCUUGGUAGAUAGAGGUUGAAUGGGAUUCAAGCUGAUGUAGAGGUUCAUCAAUCAAACAUUACAGGCUUGGCACUUCAGCUAAGAGGACCUCAUAAAUUUCCAUUGAAGUGUUUAGAAGAGAAGCAGGAAGAAAUAGACAGACAGACAUUCGCCUCUAAUAGCUUUUCACAAAAUAGGCAGCUAUAUGACAAGGGACACGAAGGAGGAUAAAGGAAACA